GUCCGAGGCAACCGGGCCUCUGGAUUUUAGUCAGGCAGCACGUCGGACGCCUGUCCCGGCCAGUCGGCAAGAAGACAAGUCCUCCGCUGGGCCGCCGCACUGGGAGCGCUGACCACUUUCGUCCUCCAGCUCAAGAUGGUGGCCUCGCGGGCAAUUGGCAGCCUCCGCCGCUUCGCCGCUUCCAGGGCAUUCCGUCCCCACGGUUAUAUUUUUCGCAACUUUACAGGGUCCUCUGCUUUGCUUGCCAGAACUCAUAUUACCUAUGGAGUCAAAGGGGAUGUGGCAGUUGUUCGAAUUAACUCACCCAAUUCAAAGGUCAAUACACUGAAUAAGGAACUGCAAGCAGAGUUCACAGAAGUAAUGAAUGAAAUCUGGGCUAGCGAUUCAAUCAGAAGUGCCGUCCUUAUCUCAUCAAAACCAGGCUGCUUUAUUGCAGGUGCUGACAUCAAUAUGCUUGCCGCCUGUAAGACCUCUCAAGAAGUAACACAAGUAUCACAAGAAGGACAAAGAAUGUUUGAGAAACUUGAGAAAUCCCCAAAGCCUAUUGUGGCCGCCAUCAGUGGGUCCUGCCUGGGAGGAGGACUUGAGCUUGCCAUCGCAUGCCAAUACAGAAUAGCAACCAAAGAUAGGAAAACAGUAUUAGGUGCCCCUGAAGUCUUGCUGGGGAUCUUACCAGGAGCAGGAGGCACACAAAGGCUGCCAAAAAUGGUGGGUGUACCUGCUGCUUUUGACAUGAUGCUGACUGGUAGAAACAUUCGUGCAGACAGAGCAAAGAAAAUGGGACUAGUUGACCAAUUGGUGGAACCCCUGGGACCAGGACUGAAACCUCCAGCAGAACGGACAAUUGAAUACCUAGAAGAAGUUGCUGUUACUUUUGCCAAAGGACUAGCUGAUAAGAAAAUCUCUGUAAAGAGAAACAAAGGGUUGAUGGAAAAACUGACAUCAUACGCCAUGAGUAUUCCAUUUGUCAGGCAACAGGUUUACAAAAAGGUGGAAGAAACAGUGCGAAAGCAGACCAAAGGCCUUUAUCCUGCACCUCUGAAAAUAAUCGAAGUGGUAAAGACUGGGAUUGAGCAAGGCAGUGAUGCUGGAUAUAUCUCUGAGUCUCAGAAAUUUGGAGAACUUGCAAUGACCAAAGAGUCAAAGGCCUUGAUGGGACUUUACCAUGGCCAGGUCCUGUGCAAGAAGAAUAAGUUUGGAACACCGCAGAAGGAGGUUAAACACCUCGCCGUUCUUGGCGCAGGGCUGAUGGGAGCCGGCAUUGCCCAAGUGUCCGUAGACAAGGGCCUGAAGACUAUACUUAAAGAUGCUACCCUGCCCGGGCUGGGCCGAGGACAGCAGCAAGUGUUCAAAGGAUUAAAUGAUAAAGUAAAGAAGAAAGCUCUAACGUCGUUUGAAAGAGACUCCAUUUUCAGCAACCUGACUGGGCAGCUUGAUUACCAGGGUUUUGAAAAGACAGACAUGGUGAUUGAAGCUGUUUUCGAGGACCUUAGUCUCAAGCACAAAGUGCUGAAGGAAGUAGAAGCAGUGAUUCCAGAUCACUGUAUCUUUGCCAGUAACACGUCAGCUCUCCCCAUCAGUAGCAUCGCUUCUGUCAGCAAAAGACCUGAGAAGGUGAUUGGCAUGCACUACUUCUCCCCGGUGGACAAGAUGCAGCUGCUGGAGAUCAUCACCACCGACAGAACGUCCAAGGACACGAUGUCGUCCGCCGUGGCAGUUGGCCUGAAGCAGGGGAAGGUCAUCAUCGUGGUGAAGGAUGGACCUGGCUUCUACACCACCAGGUGUCUCGCACCCAUGAUGUCUGAGGUCAUCCGAAUUCUCCAGGAAGGAGUUGACCCCAAAAAGCUGGAUUCCCUGACCACAAGCUUCGGCUUCCCAGUGGGUGCUGCCACUCUGGUGGACGAAGUCGGUGUGGAUGUAGCCAAACACGUGGCGGAAGAUCUCGGCAGGACCUUCGGGGAGCGUUUUGGAGGCGGAAGCAUAGAGCUGCUGAAACAGAUGGUGUCUAAGGGCUUCCUGGGUCGCAAGGCUGGGAAGGGCUUCUACAUCUACCAGGAGGGUGUGAAGAACAAGAACUUGAAUUCUGACAUGGACAGUAUUUUCGCAAGUCUGAAGGUGCCACCCAAGCCUGACGUCUCCUUGGAUGAAGACAUCCAGUACCGCCUGGUGACAAGAUUCGUGAACGAGGCCGCCAUGUGCCUGCAGGAGGGGAUCCUGGCCACGCCUGCAGAAGGGGACAUCGGCGCCGUUUUCGGGCUGGGCUUCCCCCCAUGCCUGGGAGGACCCUUCCGAUUCGUGGAUCUGUACGGGGCUCAGAAGAUUGUGGACCGGCUCCGCAAGUACGAGGGGGCUUUCGGGAAACAGUUCACGCCCUGCCAGCUGCUGGUCGACCACGCCAAUGGCUCAAAGAAGUUUUACCAGUGAGCCCCUCGGCCGGUGACGUGCACACUAACCCCCGCUGCCAGAGGGCCGGCUCCCCGAAGAGUAGACUCCCUUCACCGGGUGACCAGGAGGCAGACUGGCAUUCAGCGUGCUCUUGCAUCAAAGUGCCUUCAGCUCCGGCCGCCCCUCUCCCCGUGAGGUCUGGCUGUGACUCAGUCUGCACUUUGUGUUGGAAGGUAGACCCCACAGAGCUCAGGAACUCACAAGCCCGGGCCGCCACGCGGCAGCAUUCUGGAACCAUGUUUGCCUCUUCACCCUGGAGGCCGGCACCCGGGCGUGUCUGCACCCAGCCAAACACGUAAUAAAGCCCAGCCCUCCUAGC